GAACCAUAUGGUCCAUAGAUUCUAGUUCCACUGCGCCCACCGUGUCACCCAAGAAAAAGCGUUUAAUUCUCAAACAAGAAAAAUCAAAACCAAAAAUAAAACCAAAAAUAAAACCCCAUCUCACACGUGCGCUUCACACGAGUCUCAUCCUUUCUCUAUAAAUCUUCCAGAACCUUCCUUCACACACUCCAUAUUCGAACAUCGAUCUCUUCCAUUCCAUCUCUCACACACAUCGAUCUCAAUCAUAUCAUCCAUUAUUCGUGAAAAAGCAUAUCAAAAUGGCGACAAAAAGAAGCGUUGGAACAUUGAAAGAAGCUGAUUUGAAGGGAAAAAGAGUUUUCGUUAGGGUUGAUCUAAACGUUCCUUUGGAUGAUAACUUGAACAUCACUGAUGAUACCAGAAUCCGUGCUGCUAUUCCUACUAUCAAAUACUUGACUGGUUAUGGUGCCAAAGUUAUCCUUUCAAGCCAUCUGGGACGUCCAAAGGGUGUAACACCUAAAUACAGUUUGAAGCCACUUGUGCCAAGGUUGUCUGAACUUCUUGGAACUGAGGUUAAGAUUGCUGGUGACUCUAUUGGCGAGGAAGUUGAGAAGUUGGUUGCACAAACUCCAGAAGGUGGUGUUUUGCUUCUAGAGAAUGUGAGGUUCUACAAGGAAGAAGAGAAGAAUGAUCCUGACUUUGCAAAGAAGUUGGCUUCCCUUGCUGAUCUUUACGUGAAUGAUGCAUUUGGCACUGCUCAUAGGGCUCAUGCUUCUACAGAAGGUGUUGCUAAAUACUUGAAGCCCUCUGUUGCAGGAUUCCUUAUGCAGAAGGAGCUUGAUUAUCUAGUUGGAGCCGUGGCAAACCCCAAGAAACCAUUUGCUGCUAUUGUUGGUGGUUCAAAGGUGUCUUCCAAGAUUGGAGUUAUUGAAUCCUUGUUGGAGAAAGUUGACAUUCUCUUGCUUGGUGGAGGGAUGAUUUUUACCUUCUACAAGGCUCAGGGUUAUGCAGUUGGGUCCUCUCUUGUGGAGGAAGACAAGCUUGAUCUUGCAACUUCACUUAUUGAAAAAGCAAAGGCUAAAGGAGUUUCCCUUUUGCUUCCAACUGAUGUUGUCAUUGCAGACAAGUUUGCUGCUGACGCUAACGACAAGAUUGUUCCAGCAUCAAGCAUCCCUGAUGGAUGGAUGGGAUUGGAUAUUGGACCCGAUUCCAUCAAAACAUUUAAUGAAGCAUUGGACAAGAGUCAGACCGUUAUUUGGAAUGGACCAAUGGGUGUUUUUGAGUUUGAUAAGUUUGCAGCAGGAACUGAGGCCAUAGCCAAGAAAUUGGCAGAGAUAAGUGGCAAGGGAGUAACAACCAUCAUCGGGGGAGGUGAUUCUGUAGCUGCUGUGGAGAAGGCUGGACUAGCAGACAAGAUGAGCCACAUCUCUACCGGUGGAGGCGCCAGCUUAGAGCUUCUUGAGGGGAAGCCACUCCCUGGAGUCCUUGCUCUUGAUGAUGCAUAAACGCUUGUAUUUUGUGCUUUAUAAUGGUUGGGUUUCAACCAAUGUUGGAUUGAUUGAGGUUGUUACAAUAGAGCUGCCCUUGUAGAGGCUUAAUCUAGGAUAGAUUCUAAAUAAAAAGGUUUUUGCGGCAUCCAUGGUGCUUGAUCAAAUUGUUUCUGAACAAUGUUCAUUUUGUAAGGAGUUUGCUUAUUUAGUUGGGUUCCUUUUGCUUUCUUGAGGGACAUUUUUUCUUAUUUUAGCUAGUGUGGUGUAUGCUGUAUUUUGAUUUAAUGUGAUCCUAAAAGGUUAGCUGAAGAAAGAAUGACCAAGAUUUUUCAGCUCCAAAAUUUUCAUUUCUCA